AUGGUGGGCAACACCUCGGCGGGAGCUGGUGAAUCUUCAGCCCAAGAUCGUAGCGGCAGCCAAGAUUCUGGUCUUUCAGCGCCAAGGGGAGCGCGAACAAACCAGGGCUCGCUUGUCAAGGAGGUGCUGAAGAAUUUCACCGUCGAGAAGUUCAAUGGAGCUGCACGCCCCGACCUCCGUUGUCGCAACGUUGAUGCUGGAGAGGGAGCUGUCCGCGUUGCGCCUGAGCGAGGGAGAGCCGGUGCAACCAGUCCUGGACAAGAUGCGCGACCUCUACGCGAAGUUGACGACCGCGGAAUCACCUACCCGGAGCAGACCAAGUGCUUGAAGAUGCUCUCGCUGCUGCCAGAAUCGUGGCUUCAAUUUACGAGCGGAUUGAGCCUGCCGCAGAACCAGAGCUUGUGGACGCUCGAGUGGGUGCGGACGAAGAUUCUGGAGGAGGACUUCCGUCGCCGCCAACUGAGGGGUGGAGACGACGGCGCAAAAGCGGCUACGGGAUGCAAGGGAGCCGACGUGGCAGAGGACGUGGCUUCGGUGGUGCUGGACGCGGUGCAAAGAAAGACGACGACUCCAACGACCAACAAGGAGAAUCGUCACCAGGAUGGCGGCGCGCGGAGGAACCAGAAAAACGGCGCCAACAUGGUCGCUGAUUCAUCCGACAACAACCCGAAGGGCAACGGCGGUGCGGAGAAGAAGAAGGAGCGCACCGCGGGCCAAUUCUUCCAUGUAGGAGACAAGGGGGAGCAAGGAGACGCCUCUGCCAAAGUUGGAGCAGAGCUGCAUCCCCUAGACUAUUGGGUGUUGGACACAGGCGCUGCUUGGACGAUGACGCCGCGCAAGGACCUGCUGGACGAAGUACGAGCUGCACCGAUCAAUGAAGUGUGCUCCGCCUCUGGACACAUGUUGAAGGCCAACCUUAUCUCCCUCCGUAAGCUUGGCAAGGCUGGGGUGAACACCAACACGGAUGGGGCUCGCACUUAUAAGGGGAAGCUGGGCAAUCGGGUGCUUUGGGAUCUGCACGAGAGCAAGGACGUGUACAGAUCUAUGUGGCAGCUGCCGGCCCUGGCGUGGCAUGGUGGGGGGCAGGCUGGAGAGGGGUCUGCAUCCCAGGGGGAGUGCAAUGCCGUUGGAGGGGUUGGUGUGAAAGUGUCGGCCAGAUCUGGGGAGACAGAUUGGGCAACGGCACACCGGCGCUUAGGGCAUGUGGCAAUGCCUUUGCUGAAGCAGCUGGAGAAGGAUGGAGCCGUUAAGGGUCUGAAGCUGAACGGACAGCCACCCGAUGACAACUGUGAAAUCUGUUUGCUUUCAAAGUUCACCCGUUUCCCUUUCCAUAGUGUGGCUGGCAGGAGCAAGAAGCCUUUGGAGCUGGUCCACAUGGACUUGGUGGGGCCGCUGCCGGUGCAAGGGCACAAGGGGGAGCGGUAUUUUCUUACAAUUGUGGAUGACUGGAGCAGGCUGAUGUGGGCGUAUCCGCUGAAGCAGAAGGACCACGCCGCCUCCACGAUACGGGACGAUUGGCUGCCAUUCGUGGAGAAGCAGGCGGAGUGUGUAGUGAAGCGGAUUAGGACAGACCGGGGUGGUGAGUUCCUUGGAGCUGAAAUGACGGCCUGGCUCAAGAAGCAGGGCAUCCAGAGAGAGCUGACCACGGCUUAUACCCCACAGUCCAAUGGUGUAGCAGAACGGGCAAACCGGACCAUUCUGGAGACAGCUAGGGCGCUGCUCAUAGAAUCUGGCCUGAGCAAUUCUAUGUGGCCUCAUGCUGUCCGGCACGCCACUGUCGCUAGGAACAGGGUGCUCACCAAGGUUGGGGAUGACUCGUGGGUGCCGUUGGAGAGGUGGCUUGGGAGGAAGCCGCCGUGGGACAUGCUGAGGGUGUUCGGUUGCAUGGCAGUCGCCCACGUUCCCAAGACCUACCGCAGUAAGUUGGGGGCGAGUGCAAUCUGGUGUGUGCAUUUAGGGCUGGCUGCUGAGAGCAAGGGAUGGCUGCUGUGGGAACCAUCCAAGGGUGUGUUUUUUGACAGCAGGGAUGUGAAAUUCAUUGAGGGCAUGAUGUAUGGGAGCUGGGAGAAACAGCCGGAGGCCCGGGUGUCCCAGCAGAUGGAGCAGAUCACCAUGCAGCUGGACCUGACUCCUAGUGUGUGGGAGGAGGGAGAGAAGGCAGCUGCGGGAAAUGGUGAUGGAGAGAAGGUACAGGAGGCAUCUGCUGGUGGAGAAAAAGGUGUGGAAAGUGGCGGCAGCACUAGUGGAGCUGCUGGACCCGAGGGAGGAGAGAAGCAGCAGGGAAAAACUAAGAAGCCGAAGGGUGUCGUUAUGAAGGGAUGGGAGACACCCGUCUCCAGGCCAGGACGUACCCGUAUGGCUACUAAGAAGCUGACUGCAGGAACUGAUGCAGCAGAGCAGCAGCUAGGGACCGAAGAGGCAUUGCUGAUUCUACCUCAUGGCUAUGACCCGGAUGAGGAGGAUGAGCCUGCGUACUGUUUUCUUGCCCCUGCACCAGAGGAACCAGCUAGCAUGGAAGAGGCAUUAGCUGGACCAGAUAGGGACAAGUGGCUGGCUUCUAGGGAUGCUGAGUACCAGAGUCUGCUGGAGAAUAGGACAUGGGAUCUGGUGGUGCUGCCUGAUGGGAAGAAAGCGAUACAAUGCAAGUGGGUGCUGAGGAUCAAGACCGAUGACAAGGGGCAGGUCACCAUCUACAAGAGUAGGCUGGUGGCGAAGGGGUUUAUGCAGAAGGAGAAGCAGGACUUCAACGAGAUCUUUGCUCCCACUGCCAAACCCCCUACCCUCCGUGUCUUGUUGGCAGAUGCAGCUGUUAGUGGGAAAUUCAUCAUUCAGAUGGAUAUUUCAACGGCAUUCCUGAAUGGGAUUUUAGAGGAGGAUGUGUACAUGACGCAGCCGCCUGGGUAUGAGGAUGGUACGGGCAGGGUGUGCAAGCUCAACAAGUCCAUCUACGGCUUGAAGCAGGCGCCACGCUGCUGGUACCAGAAGUUGGCAGCUGUUUUAGAGGAGAUGGGAUUCAGGACCAGCAGCUGUGAUGAGAGCCUCUUUCUCAAGGGCGAGGGGGAGAAGCUGGUGCUGUUUCUGGUCUAUGUGGACGACAUUCUUCUCUUCAGCAGCAGCAUGAAGGAGAUCCAGAAAGUGCAGCAGCAACUGAUGGAAAACUUCAAGUGCAAGAACCUUGGGGAGGUAAAGUACUACCUCGGGAUGCACGUGGAGAGGGAUCCUGAUCACAGGUGGUUGAAGCUGCACCAGGAGAAGUUCAUCAAGGAGCUGGGGGAGAAGUAUGGGAUUGAGAAUGAGCGCAAGGUUGCAACUCCCCUGCCAGCAGAAUUCAAGCUUGUGAAGGCUGCAGAAGAUGAAGGGGUUGAAGCCGAGGAGCAGCAGCAAUUUCAGUCCUUGGUGGGCAGCCUCUUGUACGCAGCAGUUCACACGAGGCCCGACAUCUCUUUCUCGGUUGGGCAGCUGGCUAGGGUGGUGCAGAAUCCAUCAGAGGAGCAGGUGGAUGCAGCUGAGCGUGUGGUGAAGUACCUGAACUCUCACCCAAGCAUUGGAGUUCAAUACUCCGCAUCUGCACAGGUGAAGCAGAAAGGGGUGGAGGUGCUGAAAGAGAAGGGGGAGAGGCUUGGAGAAGGCAAGCUAUUUCUCACUUGCUUUACCGAUGCUACGUGGGCUUCUGAGAAGGAGGAUUCCUCAUCUGUGGGAGGAUACAUCUGCGUAGUUGGGGGAGGACCUGUUAGUUGGAGGUCCAAGAAGCAGACGGAGACGGCACUCUCUUCCGUAGAAUCAGAGUACAUGGCGAUGUUCCAUGGGGUGAAGGAGGUGAUUUGGCUGAGGAGGCUGUUAGAGGAGAUUGGCCAGGAGCAGAAAGUUGCUACGCCGCUGUUUUGUGAUAGCAAGGGGGCUCUUGGGAUGGCCAGAAACGCUGUGCUUCAUGGGCUGAACAAGCACAUGCGUAUCAAGUGGCACUGGCUGCGUAAGGAGGUGAAGAGGGGGACGGUGCAUCCGAUCUACAUCAAGACUCACCAGCAGCCAGCAGACUUUCUCACCAAGAGGCUUGCGGAUGAGCCUCAUUGGCGUUGUGUGCGCAUGAGUGGAAUGAGCAUGAACUAG